AUGGGACCUCGACGGGCUGAAGUUGUAGUAUCUGCUGGCGGGAAUAUCUAUUACUCUGCUCUCAAUGUUCAACCGCUCACUUCACAAAACUUCAUCUUUCGCAGCUCAAUUUCUCUCCCUAUUACCAUUCUGCCGGAAAAGCCAUUGAAUUCAAUCCUUGUAUUACGUGGAUUAAUCGGAAACCAAUCUUUAAUUGAUCACUUCAUCAACAACUGCUGCCAUCUGGGUUCCCCUGAUUUAGCUCUCCAGCCCUUCAGAAUCAUCCAAAAACCGAGCCUUUACCUGCAGAAUUUACUCAUCCGGAGCUUAUGCGACAAUGGCUUGUUUGAAGAUGUGAUUUUAGUGUACAAGAAAUGUAGAAAUUCUGGAUCUUCCUCGGAUAAAUACACUUUCCCUUUUGUGAUCAAAUCAUGCGCUGCUCUGCGCGAUGUUUGGUUCGGUAGUUUGAUGCAUUCCGUUACUUUGAAAAAUGGAUUUGGGGUCAAUCUGUUUGUGCAAACCGCGCUUCUUGAUUUCUACUUCAAAAUUGGGGAAAUUCGGGAUGCUCGUAAGGUGGUUGAUGAAAUUCCUCAACCAGACUUGAUUAUUUGGAAUGCGAUGAUUUCUGGGUAUUCUGUUAAUGGCUUUGAUUAUGAAGUGAUUAGGGUUUUCAGGGACAUGAUUAUUGCCGGUGUGAAGCCGAAUGCUAGCACGUUCGCAACUGUUUUUCCAGUCUGCUCACGAGUUGGAGCUGAUCGUGUUGGUGUCAGCCUUCAUGGAUUGGCCUACAAACUUGGCUGCAUAGAGGAGGAAUCUUUACUACCUGCUUUAAUCUCAAUGUAUGCUAAUUGUGGGGAUUUGUUGGCUUCUAGAGAUAUUUUUGAUGCUUCAACAAGAAAAGAUGAUUAG